AUUAAAAUUAAUGUUUAUCUAGUUCUUGAUUCAGUUUUUUUUUGAGUUGUCAAGUAAUUUUGGAAGAUGUUAUACAUAUUUAGGAUUGCCUUCCUAAUUUUUGUUGUACUUGCACAGACUGACACAACUCCAUUUCAUGAGACGGCUUCCAGACAAGGUGAAGCCAAUGCAGAUCAAGCAGAUGAACAACUUAACAAUGAGGCAAGUAUAAUUUUGAAAACUGUUGGUAUUUAUAAAAUUAUGAAUUUGGUUGUACUUAAAUUAAUUUUUGGAAGUUCUUGUACGAGUUCAUAAUCCCAUUCCUGACUUCAGGAUACACGAGAGCCUAUGAAUGAGAUCACGAAAGAGACACCUGGUUCUCCAAUAGCUCAACAGAAUAUUGAGACUCCAGUCCUUACUCCAAUUCAGACGCAGCAGGAGACUCACGAGCUUAUGAAUGAGAUCAUUUCACCAAACAUUUCCGACACACAGCCAAAUACCCGAGCUCGCAGAAAUCUUUUAACAGAGCAAAAUAAGGAUGUAGAAAGCAGAGUUCAAAAUCCCUUUGAGAUCGGAGCAAAUGUGGAGAUUUCAUCACAAGAUGACAAUACUUGUCAUAAAUGGUAUCCAGGAAAUGUGUUGGCAACAUAUUUGGUUGAUGGGGUUGAGAUGGUGAAAGUUGAGUACUUCGUCCCGUCUCUGGACGAAAAGAAGAGGAAAAGGAGUGUUGAGACACGUGUAUCAAUUGACAGAAUACGUCCUCAACCACCACCUGAGAGAUCUGGAGCGAAGAAAAGUUAUGAGCUAAUGCAGGACGUGGAGGCGUUCGACAAUGGUGCCUGGUGCGCUGGAAAAGUUAAAGUCAUUUUGUUUGAUGGCUCGUGUUUUGUCUCUUUGAACAAUUCUAAAGAACAAAUUUACUUCCACCAUUCUGAGAUGCGAAAACCAAGAAAAUGGGUAGAUGGUGUUUGGGAGAUGACAAAAAAGAUGGAAGAAGAGCAGACGCAGAGUGUGAAUCCAAGUGAAGGAGAUGGUGAUAAAAAGGGGAAGGCGAAGGCUGUCGCUUGUAAGAAAAAUGAAGCAGCUGGUCCAUCAGAAGAUGGUGUUGGGAAAAUGGCAAAAGAGAUGGAAGUAAAGCAGGGUAAGAGUGUGAAACCAAGUCAAGACGAUCAUGCAAAAAAGGGGAAGCCUGAUGUUGGUAAGAAGAAGAAAGCAAAUGCUCAGCCAGUAGAUUUGCUUCCUUUUCUACAGCGAGAAGAGAAGAGGCCAAUACGACCUAGAAACCCUCCUAUACCUGUAACACCUGAGGUAAUCCUUCCAAUUGAUCCAUUUGUGACACCUGAAUUUCCUCGGUUUUCAAGGCUUGCACACUGGAUGGAUCUACGGGGCAUAUAUCGUGUACCGUUUUAUAUCAAUGGAAAAGAAAUUGAAAAAGAGUUCUUUCAAAAAAUGGACGAUGCAGAAAACAAUCUCAACAAAGAGCACAUAAAUGUUGCAUUUGAAAUGCUAAAUUGUAAGAGGGUUGAGCAAGGUGCUUGGUUCCGCAACAACAAUCUUCCAGCAGCAUGCUUUGUACCAGUCAAAUUCUUAGAAGUGGUUGGGUACGCUUAUGAAUCUGUCAGGAAGCCACAUAAGAAAAAACAAACGUUAUUGGAGGGCUGUGUAGGCGAACUUGUGAAAGGUUUAAUACAUCCAAAGAAGGUAUGGCUGGAAGAUGUUGAUGUUAUAUAUGGUGUCAUUGAAGAUAAGUUGAGCUAUCACUAUAUUGGGGUGGAGAUACAAUUGAUGGACAACACAAUCACACUCUUCCAUUGUGGUCUUCCAAAAGCAAAUAUCAAACGUGCUCUUAAUCAAAUCCAAGAACUGGCAGUGUUGAUUAGUGCCAUAAAGAUGGAACUUCUUGGUGAAGAGGUUAAUUUCGAAGAUAUCAGUCCAUUUGAAGUUAAGUUUGCAGAAGGGCUUCCAAAGACAAAAUUUCCAUACAACUGUGAUAUUUUUGUUGUGAAGAUGCUGGAAUGCAGGUCACUGGGAUUGAAGAGCAUGGCUAAUAUAAAUGAUGAAACUGCGAUGGACUUACGAAGCAAGCUAUGUUGUGAGAUCUUCGACCAGUUUAUGGAUAAAGAUUUCCAGGAAGGUCAAAGGAAGUGAAAAUGUCAUAUUUGUUCUACUCUGUUUUCUACUCUGUUUUCUACUUUGAUAUUAAUUAUCCCUAACGUUUAAGUUUAAGUUUGUAAUGAAUUAUCCCUAACGUUUUUUUCAUUUAGAUUGUUAUUGUAAAAUUUUUAGGAUGUAUUGAUGAAUUGUCAAAUGCUUAUGGUACUUUUAGGAUGGGUUUCCAGAAAAAGAGUGAGAAAGCAAAAUGCACCAAAGCCUAGCAAAUUCCUUUAAAGUUUACAAAAAAAAUGAAAAAGAAUGUGAUCCGAUGUUGAUUGAACUCGUGAACUCUCGAAAGAUGAAUCAAAGUGUGCAGCCGCUGUGCCAAGGGUGUUAUACUUGCCAAAAGCUAUAAUAAAACGAAAAUAACUUUUGAAUAUUUAAUUAAAAACAGAAAAAAGUGUAAGUAUACACAAACGGGGAUCGAACACGGCUUAUUGUGUGAUAAGGGUACACUAAGAGUAGAACGGAUUGCCACUAGGCUACGGUGGAUAUUCGAUAACAGAGUAAAUGUGAACUUAUUUAUUCACAGACGAUAGAUUUAUAUAAUCUGGAUAUCAUUUUAGGUAUUCAGGAUAGCUUUCCAAAAACAAAUUCCUUUAAAGUUUACAAAAAAAAAUGAAAAAGAAUGUGAUCUGAUGUUGAUUGAACUCGUGAACUCUCGAAAGAUGAAUCAAAGUGUGCAGCCGUUGUACCAAGGGUGUUAUACUUGCCAAAAGCUAUAAUAAAACGAAAAUAACUUUUGAAUAUUUAAUUAAAAACAGAAAAAAAUGUGAGUAUACACAACGGGGAUCGAACACGGCUUAUUGUGUGAUAAGGGUACACUAAGAGUAGAAGGGCUUGCCACUAGGCUACGGUGGAUAUUCGAUAACAGAGUAAAUGUGAACUUAUUUAUUCACAGACGAUAGAUUUAUAUAAU